CAGUCGGAGCCGGCUGGCAGCAGGCGCGGAGCCGAAAGCCAUCUUUGCUGGAGAGGGAGCAGCGCAGCCCGCAGCCCCCGCUCGCCAUGUCUGUUCCAGCAUCUGCCCAGGGUCCUGCAGGGGCUGCAGGGGCUGCAGGGCCCCCUCCUGCCACCAACGUGUCCAGCAACAAGAGGCUGCAGCAGACACAAGCCCAGGUGGACGAGGUGGUGGACAUCAUGAGGAUGAACGUGGACAAGGUGCUGGAAAGGGACCAGAAGCUGUCAGAGCUCGACAACCGGGCAGAUGCAUUGCAAGCAGGUGCCUCACAGUUUGAGACCAGUGCAGCCAAGCUGAAGAGGAAAUACUGGUGGAAAAAUUGCAAGAUGAUGAUCAUCCUCGGUGUAGUAUGUGCAGUCAUUCUCAUUAUAAUUAUAAUUUAUUUCUCCACUUGAAAAAGCAGAGAAGGAAGACUUGGCACACCUUUGUUCAUAUCAACCGACGAUAUCAGUGUUCCUUUGUUGAACUCCGCUUUUUAAUUCCCGCUGUCUUGGGAUUUUUGCUUGUAAUAACCCAUAAGCAUUCAGUGUGGUGUAUUUUGGAAUUCUGUUGUUUCCACAAGAAACUGUACCAGCUAAAUACUGCCAAGUAGUUCCAUACACUGUCUAAUCACUGUGUCUUAAGAUGUGUAUGCACUGACCUUCAGAAACUGUAGUAUAUGAAAAGCAUCCUAAACCAUCUCAGAAUCAGAGAAUGCAGCUGUGGAGAAGCUCCUGUUUAAAGGGACACUGCCAGGUGGAUUGGACCCAAAUCUAAGGUUGCAGCAAACAUUAGGACCAAAAUUCUCAAUCUGAGCUCCUAAAGUUGGAUGGCAAAAUCCAUUGUCAGAUGUAUCUGCUACUCCCAUUGAAGAGAGUGAUACCUCUAAGUAUUCAUGUAAGAUACCAUAUUUCAGUUUAGCCAACCAAACACAGAUUUCUUUGAGGUUAGAUGUAGAAUCCAAGUCUAAAAACCUUGUCCGCAGAAAAUAAAGAAAGACUAGUUUAUCAUCUUUUAUGGAUUUAAUCUUUUUCCUCAUGGAAAACACCUCUUGGUGAUCUGAACAACCAAGAUGGCCUCAAUAUGAAAGCCAGAAAGGAAUGAAAACCCUGUGUGACAGCCAAAAAGCAUUAGCUAGCACAGUCCUGAAAAAGCCAAGGGAAAUGCAGAAGUGGUGAUGCAAACAUCCCAAAUGGCUCAGGUGCAGUCUCUUGCUGAAAACUCAAGGCCCCAUUUGUCAGGUUCCAUGGGACAUCUCUUGGAUGCCAAUCCCCAAUAACUGGGCCCUGACCUGAGGCCCAUGAGCAGCCCUGGUGCUGUCUGUGGCUGCCCAGCUCUGGGGAGGAAGCUGCCUCUGCAGCAGUUUGCAGAAAUGGUCCCCACUGCCAGGAUGGUUCAAAAAUCAGGACAAGGCAGGGGGGAACAGUGGGGAAAGGGAAGGGUGCCUAGCAAAGCUUUCCUGGAGAAGAGGAAGGAACAGAAACACUGUUCAAAGUAGGGGUGUUAAUAGGCUUUAAAAAGAUAUAUUUUAAUUUGUGCAUGUGGAUAGUUCAUAGUGUCAUUUUUGUAAAGUGCUCAGCUGGGAUACCUAUUAUACUCAAUUAAUUUAAACAAACAUUUGAUGUAAUUAAAAGAAAUUAUAUACUGUGGUUUGAAAGAAAGUUCUUUAUGCUUUGGUGAAUUUCUUGUUUUUCUUUUUAAAACAGUGAGUAGUUUAAUCAUCCUUAACCAAACUAAAAAUGAAUUAAUCAAAUUUUGAGCCAGGAAAUUCAGGAAAAGGUCUUUUUAGGAUAACUCCUUCAGAAUUUCUAAAAAGAAUUCAUAGAAUUAAAAAAACAUAAUUUGGUGGGUUGGGGUUUUUUGUCUGCAAUUUAAUUAGGGAAUAGAAACAGUGAUAAUAGUAGUGUAAAUAUUCCCACUGAGGAGCAUUUCUCUUGACAUAGUUUUAGAGUAAAAAAAGAUUGAGAGCCUGACCAGUUUGUUGCUGUGAAUCUAUAUAGAAAUUGUGCUGAAGUAGAAUUUUGCAGAGAGAAUAAGUAAUGAUCAAUUGAAAGGUUCCAGUUGCAUUUUUCCCUAAAUAUUUAUCACUUUCUAGUCAUGUGUACUACUUCAUAUCAUUAAGUCAAAAGUGGCCCCAGUCUUAAUGAAGCUGAAUAUCCAAAGUUAGUAAUGUGAUACUGGGCUCCCUGGUAAGCCCUGAUCAUUCAGUCCUUCACUGGGUGAGAACCCAAACAAUUCAGAAAUCCUCCUGGGCUGGACAAAAACGUAGCAGGGAUGAAAGACCUGACUCUGUGAGGUGACACAACUGUGUAUAAAUGAGCUUUCGCUGGGAGAGGAAUGAGCCAUCCAACUUCAGGAGCCUUGUUGAACUGCUAAGGUUAUCUGAUAUCUGAUCUGAAGGAAUUACCUGCUGAGAGUGGGACCCUGCCACCCACACCUGUUACUGAUAUUGAUAAUUGAUAUUAUCAAUAUCAAUAUUGUUAUCAAUAUUGAUGUUGAGCAUGGUGUCCUCACAGGGCUUCUCUGCUGAACACACUCAUGAGAUGGGGACAGCUUUUGCUGGAGGUGGUGCAACCAGGAAGGUGAAAUGCUGAUACUGAGCCUUAAUACAGAUGUUCCUUCUCCUCUGGGAGGCUGAACUGGUACUCAGCUGAUAGGAGUGCAAAUACACAUUAAAGAGUUUGAAUCCUCUAGCUGCAAACACACAAAGCUCCCACAUGAAACUGCAGUGGAAGUGCUACAAGGAUGGAAAGCUCACAUUCCCCCAGCUAAUGUAGUUCAAGCAAGUUAAUAAUCAAAAUCAAAUCUCACCUCUAGGUGAGAGCGGAGAACAGAAACUGCUCUUUGUGGAAUGUGGACCUAUUCUCUCUCAAAAUUGUAACUCAUGGGGAUGACUGCUAAAUAUAACUGAGAAUUUGCAAGGAAGAGUUAAGAAACCUACCUUGUAGUGGGUUGUAGAAUGUUUCCUCCUGACUAUUUCCUCCUGUGUGGUGGUGAAGUACGGUAAAUUAAUGUGUUUAACUUUUCAAAGUCAUUGGCCCAUGGUGUGCUCUUGAAUGCUCAAUGUUUGCUACUGCAUGUGGUGUGGUGGUUGGUUGUCAUUGGUGAGAUAAGCCAUGUAAUCUUUCUAAUUCUGCCCAGGGAGCAUGAACAAAUGUGUCUGAUGCACAAAGCUCAGCUGCCCUUGCAGAGGGUUAAACCUUCAGCAAGGAGAACAUGGUAAUGGAGGACUGUUCAGGGUCAUAGAUUGUGCAACAGCAUCUCUCCCAUCCAUGCAGGUGGUGCAGAGCACAAUCUGUAUGAACACAGUUGGAGCUCUCAUUUGUGGUGGAGCCAGGAUUGAUUGGAGCUCUCAUUUGUGGUGGAGCCAGGA